AUGAUCGAGUCCCCUGCGUCACCAGUGAAGCCCGCUGCCUCUUUGGAGUCCGAUGCGGAUGCUUCUGAAAAUGAUGUCAUAACGUCCUCUGAGCCACAAUCUCUUCCCUCUGCUGCAACUAAUGGGUCCCAAGAUGCUAGCUCGGAUACUGCUUUCUGUGCUGAAACUCAGCAACGACUUUCUGAUGUGAUUCAUUCUGAAAUCCUUCAAGCAUAUUCGAAUAAUUCACCAGGCUACGAAACGCCUAUACAAAGAAAGAACCGUUCUGCCUCCAGUGCGCUGCAUGAUUUAUGGAACCGACCUGGUUCUGUAUCUGAGUCUGAAAUCUUGAAGAACCUUUCUCUGUAUGACAGCGAAUUCGAGGCUCUGAUCGCUACACCAGAAUUCACAAGGCGCCAUGAGCAGAGUUGGAACUUCCGCAGUAGUUCGGCGCUCUCUACGUCCCUUCCCAACCACAGCAACGAAGCGUCUCCGCUUAUUGAUGGCGAUAGUACCCAAUCUGGGCCAACCACUGGUACUUGGACGACCGGUGGCCUUGAGGGAGCCAGACAACAGAUCCUUGACGAAAUUACGCAGCUCGAAAUUCAACGCCAUAUUGCGUUGGCCGAAUUGUUGGGUGUACAAAGCAUUAACGAGCACAUGCCGGCUCAUUCGUCUUCCGUGCACGCGAGAGUUGACAAUGCUCUGGAAUCGCUACGUGCACACCUCGACACUGUGAAGGCAGAAUAUCGCAAGGAGCUCGAGUCAUUGGCCAUUAUGCAGCAGAGUUUGCGACAGGAGCUUCGGCCCUUGUUAAAUGUCCGCAGCACAUUGAUGAACGAAUCGCAGCUGUUGGCGCAACAUGUCGACGAACUUACGGUCCAGGUGGCAGAACUGGAAACUCGCGCGCGAAAGGCGAGCAUAUCGAAGCAGCCGCUCGCGGACAAUGCACAGCCGUUGGCAUCGACGCCUCCUACCUCGUCAGCUACGUCGCUCAUCACACCAGGCCAGAGUUUGAGUGCGUCAUCACCUUCUCCCAGUCCAGGCCUCUCUUUAAACCAGGGUUCGACCUCUACAUCAGAAGCAGCGGUGCCUCUAAACCAUGCUGUGGCAGAGCCUGCCCUGAUUCAGACGUCUGUGUCGGAGCCUAGGCAGGCACCUUCGAAAUUGUCUCACCCUGCUAACGUCACGUCUACGUCUCUGCCGCAGCCAAGUCUAGCGCCAUCUACUUCGCGUCUAGAGCAGUCGCUACCACCACUGCCUCCGCCACGCAAGUUCCGGUGGAUCAAGCCGAAGUUGCUCACCCCUGAACUGGCAGCGCUUGGAGAAACGUUGCUAUUGCCUGCACACGAGAUUGGUAAAUCUAGGAAUGUCCCCACAAUUUCCCCACCGGUGCCUCCGAAGGAUGCCACGAGCAUGGGACGCGCCUCUUUGGAGGGAACGUCACCGAUCGGAUCGUUGAGGCGUGCUCCGGCGGGGGCCGCGGAGGGCCAACGCCACCGACGCAUGCCGUCGAUACCCAAUUGCGUCCCGAGUCCUCUGGGUACGUCUAUGAUCGGGCGGUCACUGGACGAGCAAGUGCAUCUCGAAGGCGAUACACUUGUUCCGCGCCUUGUUGAUUGGUGCAUUGUGGCCGUGGAGACCAACGGUUUACAGGAUGAGGGUCUGUAUCGCAAGUCAGGCAGUACGUACGCUCAGCGCAAGCUCGUGCAGCUGUUUGACAGCGGCAAAGCAUUCGAUUUGUGUGAUCUCCACGAGUUUAACGACGUCGCAGUGAUUGCUGGGGUCCUCAAGCUAUACCUACGUAAAUUGCCCGAUCCACUUAUCUCGUAUGACAUGUAUUCGCAGUUCAUGGAACUUGGGGAACGCCUGGCCCAAUCGCCCGCGGCUGUUGCAUCCAUGCAAGCUCUUUUGGAAGGGCUGUCGCCGGUGCGUCUCGCCACACUCAAGCGUGUGUGCCUGCACUUAAAGGUCGUUCACCAGCACCAACUACAGACGCGCAUGAAUGCACGCAAUCUAGGCCUAGUUUUUGGACGUGCGUACAAUAUGCUUACGCCAGCGACCCUUAUGCGUGCACCUGAACCUACACUAGAACUGCUUGAGACGCCUCGAUAUGCGCGCAUUGUCGAAUGUAUGUCUUUUCCACUGACUGAUCUAGUUUUGAUUGACCAUGCACCGGUCCUUUUUGUCGAAUAA